GAAUGUUACUUGCUGCAGUGAGGAAUUUGAUGAUCAUGGGAAAGUUGUGGGGUUUGCUAACUUUUCUGCUGCUCUCGUUGAGCUGCCUGAGCAAUGCAAACUUAAUAUGGACUCAAGCUGAGAAAGAACCACAAAACCUUCAGCUUCCUGGGUCACUCUCCCCUCAGACCUCUGGGCCAGGUUUUCCUCAGCAAACUCCACCACUUUCGUCUCAGUUUCUUGGGUCACCUUCUUCUCAAGUUUCUGGGUCGCUUUCUGCUCAGCUUCCUGGACUGUCUUAUGCUCAGCCUUCUCUGCCACUUUCUGUUCAAUCCUCUGGUCCACUUUCUGUUCAGGCUGCUGGGUCGCCUUCUGCUCAACAGUUUCCUGGACUGUUUUCUGCUCAGCCUUCUGGGUCCCUUUCUGCUCAGCCUUCUGGGUCCCUUUCUGCUCAGCUUUCUGGGCCACUUUCUGCUCAGUCCUCUGGGUCGAUUUAUGCUCCGCCCACUGGGCUGUUUUCUGGACCUCUUUCUGCUCAGCUCUCUGGGCCGCUUUAUCCUCAGCCCUCUGGGCUGCUUUCUGCUCAGCAACCUAGGCCUCUCUUUCCUCAGCCUUCUGGGCCUCUUUUUCUUCAGUCUCCUGGGCCAGUUCUUUCUCAAGUUCCUGGGCAACUCUUUCCCCAGAUUUCUGAAAACAUUGCUCCUCAACUUCCCGGGCCACUUGUUCCUACAAGCUAUGGUCCUAAAAUACCGUUGGCCAAUGCUGCUAAAUGCCAACUGAAUGAUGUUGACAAGGUUCCUUGUGGAGAGCCUAGCAUAGAUGCUUCUCACUGUGGUGCUAUAAACUGCUGUUUUGAUGGGCAGAACUGCUACUAUGGGAAAACUGUGACUGUCCAGUGCACAAUCGAUGGGCAGUUUGUGUUGGUAGUGGCCCGGGAUGCAACUCUUCCCAGGAUCAGCUUGGAUUCCAUCAGCCUGUUGGGAGGAAGUGAUGGACCCUGUGGUGUUGCUGACUAUAAUGCUAACUUUGCUAUAUACCAGUUUCCUGUAACAGCCUGUGGCACAAGAGCAACAGUGCAAGGUGACUAUGUGGUCUAUGAGAACAAAAUGGUGUCUUCCUAUGAAGUUGGAGUGGGACCCCUUGGUGCCAUCACAAGAGACAGCCAUUAUGAGCUUUACUUCCAGUGUAGAUAUUCUACUACAAGCGUUGAAUCCCUGGCUGUUGCUCUUUCAUCCAAUGAUCCUCCUCUACCUGUAGUGGCUUCUGGUCCCCUCAGGGUAGAGCUGAGACUUGGCAAUGGACAGUGUGUUUCAAAGGGCUGUGUGGAAGAGCAAGUAGCCUAUACCUCCUACUACACUGAGGCUGAAUACCCUGUGACCAAGGUCCUGAGGGAUCCUGUGUAUGUUGAGGUGCGCAUGUUGGCGAGGACUGAUCCUAAUCUUGUCCUGGUCUUGGGACGCUGCUGGGCAACCUCUACACCUAACCCCAACAGUGUUCCUCAGUGGGAUCUCCUGGUGAAUGGGUGCCCGUACAAGGAUGAUCGCUACCUGACCACUCUGGUUCCAGUUGUUGGGUCAUCUGGACUUCAGUACCCUGGUCAUUACAAGCGAUUUGUCCUCAAAAUGUUCACAUUUGUGGAUCAUUCUUCCAUGGCUCCUUUGAGAGAAAGGAUUUUCAUCCACUGCAGCACAGCUGUAUGCUCUCCAACUGCAGGUGCCACCUGUGAACCCAGGUGCAACAGAAGGAGGAGAGACGUUGGAUCAUCUGUAAGGCACUCCAGACCUGUAUCUGUUGUGUCUAGUGGAGAAGUGAUCUACACCGAUAUCUCUUCAGCUUGAGAAGGAUUAUUAUAGCACUAUGAAUAAAAUAUUUUCUUAAAGGUCA